UAAUCACAGACACUUCAGAAUUAAGGUAAACUUUAGCAGUGCUUAGAGACAUAUCAGUAAUUUGUUUAUUGUUGGAAAUAUGCUUAGGAUAUUGGAAAACUGUAAAACGAAAAAAGUCUAAUCAUUAAUUUAAUGAUCAUUGAUUUGCUUUUACUUUAAUUUUGUAUUUUAUUGACAGUAAUAGCACAGAAACAAUGUUUUUUCUAUAACAUUACUAAGAAAUAUUUGUUCCCAUGGUGUAGCUGACAUAAUAAUCUGCAACUUCUGUUUUAUGAAACUGAUUUCUUUGAACAGAACUCUGCACGUGCAAAAAGGUUUUCAGCAUGAAGGACCUUCCUGUACAAAAUAUUACAUAUACAGACUUUAAACUGAAUGGUUUCUAUAGUUUAGGAGAAUGGAGGCCUUUUUUAUUCAUCCCUUUCUUUCUGAUGUUUGUAUUGUCUACAUCAGCAAAUUCUAUUCUCAUAUAUUUAAUCAUAUCUCAGAAGUCUCUGCAUUCACCUAUGUAUGUACUUAUAGGUUUUAUGUGUCUUUCAAACUUAAUAAUGCCCAUAUCGUUUGUACCCAGCAUGCUUCUAAGUUUUUUAUUUAAUUGGAGUGGGAUAUCCUUAACUGGUUGUGUGAUACAAAUGUUUUGUAUUUAUUUUACUGGUUCAUUUAAUACUACUUUGCUAUUUUGGAUGUCAGUAGACCGUUACUUUGCAAUAUGCAAACCUCUUUAUUAUCAUAAGUACAUGGAAAUAAGCAGUUUUAUUAAGUUUGUUAUUCCACCAGUAACGAGAAAUGCACUACUGGUGAUUAUAAUGGUCUCUCUGGCUGGAAAACUGUCAUAUUGUACAAAUAUAAUCGAUCACUCUUUCUGUGAACACAUGCCAUUGGUUCAGCUGGCAUGUGGUGAUAUAUCCCUUAAUAAUUUUGUAGGUCUUUUGAAUGCUUUUGUUAUACCAGUUACAGAUUUUAUUCUUAUUACUGUUUCUUAUAUUGUGAUUUUUACAUCUGUGUUCAAAUCUGGUAAGGCCCAUUUAAAAGCUAUUAACACCUGCAUUACUCACUUAUUUGUUUUGACAGUUAGUUUCAUAUGUGCUUUAAUUGCAUUUUUGAUAUACAGAAUAAGGAAUAAUAUUUCUUCCAGCAGCCGUAUAUUCGUAAGCAUCUUAUACUUACUUGGUCCAAGCUGUUUAAACCCACUAAUAUAUGGAUGGAGAACAAAAGAAAUAAGACAAACAUUUCUUAAAUUCAUAAACAAUGUUAAAGUUUUGCCUUUUUUAGAAAAAUAA